UUUACUAUGUAGUGAGAACCCUCCAGCCAACAGCUACCUGCCAAGAGAAAGGGCUUCAGGAAAACAAAUGUGACCUGUGAAUUGAGGUCUGGAGAGAGAGAGAAUGUAAACCAAAGUGUGUGUGGUGGGGAGAUACUGCCCACCCCAUGUCUUUACCAGGAGCAGGAAAGGCAAGCCUAAAGUCUGGAUUGCCAUCGAAGUCGCUGACCCAGCCAUGCCCGUUCCACUGCUCCCGUUACUGCUUCGAAUGCUGCUGUCCCGCCUGCUCCUGCCCGCUGCCCGCCUGGCCCGCCAGCACCUCCUGCCCCUGCUGCGUCGAUUGGCCCGCCGCCUAGGCUCCCAGAACACGCGAGAGGCUUUGCUGGGCUGUCUGUUGUUUGUCUUCAGCCAGGGACACCCGCCAGAUGCUGAGGAGGCCUCCAGAGUGGCGCGCCCAGAGAGGAGGGAGAGGCUAACCCGGCAAAAAUGAGGCCACGAGUCCUGGUAGCAGCAGAAACUAAAUGCUUUCUUUUGGAAUG